AUGCGACUCCUGACUCACAAUUUGAUUGCCUGCAACCGGCGCCAGUGCACCGGUGGGUUUCCCUUGAAGAUCGUGGUGGACGAGAAGAGCGAGGACGCGACGACGGUCGAACCUUCGGAGUUUCAGCCGGAGCUGGUGAAGCAGCUGCUCGGAAAGCUGGACUGGGAAGCGCUGGUGAAGACUGCAGACCAGUUCGGCCUUCAGCUGCCGCCAACCUUCACAGAGUCGGACAAGUCCGAUGAACAUUUUCUUCGCGCUGUCCACGAGGCCGUUGUCGAGUUCCACGUUCUGGAGGGGAAGCUCGUCUGUCCGGUCUGCGCCAGAGAGUACCCGGUUUCCAACGGCAUUCCGAACAUGCUACUGCAAGACGACGAAGUGUAG